AUAACAAUUACGCCAUACAGCAAACAUAAUGCGGUAGCUGUCCUUGUCCUCGUUGACCGCGCCAGUCCAUUGUUUCUGCUCUUGCCGAACACCACGGCGAAUGGCGCCAGUGCUCCUCCAGGCAUUUGCAGGAUGCCUUGGCUACAGGGUAAUAGAAUCGACGAAGCAGGAGGGAGGCCGCCUUGCAGCGCCUGGCGCACCGAAGAGCGAUGCUGCCGUCCAACCAUCGGGCGGUCAUGCUGUGCGCGCUAGCUCAAAUGGUCCCAUGAUGGGCGCCGGCAGCUCUGCAAGCACGUCGCAGUCGGUCCGCGAGUCCACAACUGCCGCGUUCCGACUCCCCAAGAACGAGGCCUACUUCUCGCCGCUGUCGGUCAACAUGAGCAAAUCAGUCAACCUGAGGAGCAGCGUCAACUGCCUGCACCCCGCCAUGGCGCCAGACGCAGCUGCCGCCCUUGGUGGCCAUGGCACUGCUGUGGUGCAUAUCUCGCGCAACGGACUGUUGAAUGCCUCCGUCGCCAUGGCUGCGUCCACGCCCUCAACCCCGCUGCAGCCCUGCCAGCUGGCGCUGAUGCCGGCGUUCGCCAGCCCGCAGCCCACGAUGGCACGACAGCCCCAGGCUGCGGCGCGCGCGCCCCUGCAACCCCUUGCCGCUGCCCCCCAGCAGGCAGUACCCGUGGCACUGGCUAGCUCUGCCCAUACCGGCAACCAGGCGCAGCCACAGCCGGAGCAACAGGCGCCUCCGCAGCAGCGCCCGCAGCCACAGCCGGAGCAGCAACCCGCCGCCCAGCCGCAACGUCACGGCCGGCAGGCCUCGGUGGCAGAGGCCUACGCCUCAGAGGACCUGGACGAGGCGUGGCUGGUGGUGCUGGGAGACCUGGAGCAGAUGCUGGCGCAGCGGGGGCAGCCCGCGCUGGGGGCGCCGGAGCGGGCGGUCGCCAUCCGGCGGCUCAUCGAGUUGACGGGCAGCCGCGGGCUGCAGUUUGCGCUGGAGACGGCGCUCAAGGAAGUGCUGCGGCACCGGUCAGCGGCCAGCCGCAAGUAGGGUGCUUGUGUGAUGUGUGGUGCACAGACUGCGUUGGGUUGUCGGUGCGGCGUAGGGUGCAUCUCCAGUGUGGUGUGAGGGCAGAGCUGGCGGAGACGAAGUGCAAAAGCUGAAGAGGUGCAGGCGUGUCCUUUGAGGCAUUCAUGGGGAAGGUGGUCAGGGGGCUAACGGGUAAGCAGCCCUGGCGAUACCGUAGUGCCGUAGCACGUGAAUGGGCUGCAUUCAUCAAUUGCCGCGUUUUGAAUUGGUUCAUAGGGCUAAGCAGCAACUUAGUGCAGGUAGUCUGCAAUUUGGCGGGACCAAUUUGACGUACUGCAAGUAGUACUGUAUGUAGACAUGAUGUGCGUACCUAGCUUAGAGAAAUGUCCAGGCGUGCCCCCCUCCCUGGGCAUAUGUUAGCCAGGUUGGCGGCGUCCUGAAGCCUUGAAACCCACACCACCCGCCG